CUCACACUACUAGCUAAGUACCUUCCCUUACCUACCUGCCGUAAACGUAACUCACCACUACAAACCACCAACCACCACCACUCACUGACUUUUCACAAGACACCUAUAUUAUAUAUCAGUGUCAACCUCCCUCGACGGCUUCUCCUUUCUUCCUUCUACACAUUCACCUCUUCCUCCUCCCGUUGACCUCGACUUUGAUCUUCAAUCCUCCUUCUCAGACAACCUCACACCCCUCACACCACCCAAAGUGAGAGUCCUCACCCUCCACCUCACCACACCUCACCCCCAACCGCCAAAAUGACCAUCCCCUGCGAACCCACCCCCCCCGCCCUCGCCGCCAUCAAAUGCGACCACGACCACCCCAUCGCCACCCCCCCCGCCCCUCCUCCCCCGUCCACCGCUUCGGCACCCUGGCCGUCCACGCCGGCUCCCCCCACGACCCCGUCACCGGCGCCGUCAUCGCCCCCAUCUCCCUCUCCACCACCUUCGCGCAGACGGCCGUCGGCGUGCCAGUGGGCGCGUACGAGUACUCGCGCUCCUCGAACCCGAAUCGUCAUAACUUCGAGACUGCCGUCGCGGCGCUCGAGCACGCGAAAUACGCUUUAGCUUUCUCCUCGGGGUCUGCUACUACUGCGGUUAUCCUGCAGAGUCUCGCAGCCGGAAGCCAUGUUAUUUCCGUCUCAGACGUCUACGGUGGCACGCACCGCUACUUUACCCAAGUCGCCCAAGCGCACGGCGUCUCCGUAACCUUCACCCCCGAAAUCGCCGUCGACAUCGCCGCCCACAUCACCCCCGACACAAAACUAGUUUGGAUCGAAACCCCCUCGAACCCGACAUUACGCCUCGUCGACAUCCGCGCCGUGACCGCCAAAGCCCAUGAGCACGGCAUCAUGGUCGUGGUGGACAACACAUUCCUCUCGCCCUACGUGCAGAACCCGCUCGACCACGGCGCGGACAUCGUGGUGCACUCGGUGACGAAGUAUAUUAAUGGGCAUUCGGAUGUGGUGAUGGGGGUUGCGGCGUUUAACUCGGAUGAGAUGAGGGAGCGGUUGGGGUUUUUGCAGAAUGCGAUUGGAGCGAUUCCGUCGGCGUUCGACUGCUGGCUCGCACAUCGCGGUCUCAAGACCCUCCACCUCCGCGCCCGCGAGGCAUCCACAAACGCCCAACUCGUCGCAGAAGCCCUAACCUCCUCCCCCCACGUCAUCGCCGUAAACUACCCCGGUCUAGACACCCACCCCCACCGCGCCAUCGCCCUGCGGCAACAUCGCAGCGGCAUGGGCGGCGGUAUGCUCUCCUUCCGCAUCAAAGGCGGCGCCUCCGCGGCCGAGAAAUUCUGCCAAGCCUCCUCCCUCUUCGUGCUCGCCGAAUCGCUAGGUGGAGUUGAGUCCCUCGUCGAGGUGCCGAGCAGCAUGACGCAUUCUGGCAUCCCGCAGGAGCAGAGGGAGGCGGUGGGCGUGUUUGAUGAUCUUGUUAGGAUUAGUUGUGGGGUUGAGGAUGGGGAGGAUUUGAGGGCCGAUGUGCUGCAGGCGUUGGAGAAAGCGGUGGUGUGGCCGAAGGUUGCGAAUGGGGUUGUGGAGGGGAUGGGGAAGGCGGCGCAGUAGGGGUAAUUUGGGUGCGUGGAUGUCGUGGAGGGGGGGGGGGGAGAUGCUUUUAAAAGCCUAUUUCGAAUCCCGUUAAACAUUAUUUUUUAUAUUUUCUUUUUUUUAUCAUGCUCACCUAGGAUAGGGUUAUUAUGGUUUCUUGUUUUUGCCAAGGAAAUGUGCAAGGGGGAUGGGGACUCAGAGAUGAAAUGGGGUGAAUAAAAAACAGACUGGGUUUUAUCUUUGCAUGCAUUAGACUUUUUAAAAUGCUUGUCUGUUCAUCUGCAAUUGUAGUUCGUAUCAUCGGUUUGAAUUUCUCGACUACCUAUCUACCUUCAAGGGCAUUAGAACCAGUCUCUUUAGUACAAUCCCCCAUCCAUCCAUCCGUCCAUCUCUCAUCAAUCCCAUAUAAUCUCCCCCAUCCAUCCAUCCAUCCGUCCAUCCCUCAUCAAUCCCAUAUAAUCUCCCCCAUCCAUCCAUCCAUCCCC